CGCCAGCCUCAUGUCCUCCCAUAAGAAGGCGCUUCUUCGACGAACUGCUGAUUUCUGCAACCCUCCACUCCAAUAUCUUUUACUUUGUGUGAAAUGUCGUUCUUCUCAAGCUUCGAAAGUAAAAUCAAGCGCAAGCUCAAGCAACGCAAGAAGGAAGGGCGAUCAAGAGCGACCCGGCCAGACGCAUCGUCUAGCGGCCCGAGAGAACCCCAAAGCUUAGCCCCCGCUCAGUCGCGGACCGUCCCGAGUAACGCCGUCGUCUCCAGCCUACGUCCAUCUGCCGAGAGUACGCCGACCGAACCGAACGCACGGUUGUCUCAGACCUCAUCCCCAGAACGUGAACCGCAGACAGAGAAUACCGCUAGCCCCGACAUCUGGGCCAGCGCGUACGGCAAGUUCGCCGUCAGAGAACCCGAGCUGGCCCGCGAUUACAAGACGCAUUUGGCCACCUUUACGGACUGCGAUACAAUCAGUCAGAGCAAUACUUUACAUCCAGAUGGGGCCAGGUCGAUUGUGGAGCAAUUGCAGAAGCAACGCGAGCAGAAACAAUGGCACGUCAACUUCUAUGGCAAAGAUGUUAGAUUUAGAGCCCAGGCCGAGAAGCUGGUCAAAAUCCUUGGCUGGUGCAAUGGCGUUGUGAAGGAUGCCCUGAGUACCCAGCCAUACGCGGCACUGGCGUGGUCCGGCGUCUCCAUUCUCCUCCCGCUUCUCGCGACCGGAACAGCCAUGCACGAGGCCAUGCUCUUAGGCUUCGAUGCCACCCACCGUGUCCAGUUGUACUGGAAAACCUUCCAGGACAUCUUUCCCCAGGAUCUCGAUGUAGGCGGCGACCGUGCUGUACAUUAUGGCUUGGUCGAACUCUAUUCCCACAUCUUCGAGUAUCAGGCCCGCGUUAUCUGCCAUUUAUCUCUCGCUCAGCUAUCCCGUGCGUGGCAGAAGGUCGCCGGGGAUGACGACUGGGAAAAGAGAAUGGCACACGUGGAUAUGCUGAGUGAAUACUGCAAAGAGUGCACAGACAUCGCUAGAAGGGAGGAGACCCAGCGAACGUCCGACCAGCAGUUGCACCAGCUAUACCAAUCUCGCGCGGCACUCGAGCAGAUCUACAACGUCCUAGAAGAGGAGAGGAACCAACGACGGAACGACCUCGAGGACCAGCGGGAACGCGAACUGCUCGCCGACCUAGCUGCCGAUCAUGAAUCAUACAAGAACUCCAAUCCCAAGAAAGUCCCAGACACGUGCGCUUGGUUCCUCGAGAACGCGAGCUUUCGGUCGUGGCGUGACAACGUAGAAUCGGGCCUCCUCUGGGUAUCAGCUGGUCCAGGGUGCGGAAAGUCCGUCCUCUCACGCUCUCUAAUCGAUGAAUGGCAGCUUUCCACAAGUGCUGCAACUUCAAACAUCUGCUACUUCUUCUUCAAGGACGGCGACGAGACUCGUGAGCACAGCUUCAAUGCGCUAUCGGCCAUCCUCCACCAGCUCUUCAUUAAGGACUUGACCGGCAAAUUCACGAGUCACGCUCUAGGUCGCCAUAAGAACUACAGCAAAGGGCUGGCGACGAACUUCUCCGAAUUAUGGAGCAUCUUGCUAGACUGCGCUUGCACAACAGACGCUGGUGAGAUAGUCUGCGUCCUCGAUGCGCUCGACGAGUGUCAAGAAGAUAGCAGAAACGACAUCAUCGGCAAGCUACAGGAUUUAUUUUCUCGUACAGGAGUAGCGUCCCGUCGCACAUGCAGAUUGAAGUUCUUUGUCACGAGCCGGCCGUACGAUACAAUCGAGCGCUCCGUCAGGGAUCUCCUGAACUCUUCGUGCCUACGAAUCGACGGAGAAGACCAUUCAGCGGCCAUCAGUGAAGAUAUUAACCGUGUUAUUGAUUUCACCAUACCAAAACUGAUACGUGAUUUUUCAAAUUACGAUCUCCGCCGCAUCUCUGAGCGUCUCAAAGCCAUGGAGAACCGCACUUACCUCUGGCUACGUCUGACCUUCUACAUAAUUGAACAAGGCAGUGAUUAUAGCAGGCCCUCCGAUGUGGACACUCUGUUGGAUGAUCUUCCGAGUGAGCACGCUAAGGCCUACGAGAAGAUUCUCAAUCGAGUAAAGCAGUCUAGAUUCACCUCGAUUCUUCUCCAGCUAAUGCUUGCUGCAACGCAACCCUUGAGCAUUGAUGAGGCAAACUACGCCCUCGCAUUGGCUGCCGAGAAUAGUAAGCCGACGUCGAGUUCCGCAAUCAAUCUGUGGCCUAAAGAGUCAUUUAAAAACAUCGCGAAAUCUUAUUGUGGGCUCCUCGUUGACAUUCACGACUCGAAGCUGUUUUUCAUUCACCAAACUGUCAGAGCAUUCUUGUUAGAGGUUCCAAAAGAAGCCGGCGACUGGAAAUGGGGAGGACGUUUCAAGCUGCCCAAAUGUCACAAUGCAAUGUCACUUGCAUGCACCCGUUAUCUUUCGCUCCCAGAACUGGAAGCACCUCUUCAGGGUAACACAGCGGAGCAGCAAAGUCGUCCAUUCUUCCCAUACGCUGCCCAGCAUUGGCCGUUCCACUACAGAGAGAAAGAUGGAAAUGAAUCGCUUGGGGAUGCCCGUAGUCUGGUUCGAUUGACUGUAAACGGGGCACAAACUUGGACAAAAGUCCAUUCCUCAUAUUUUCGAGCGUGGGACUGGUCACAGUGGACGGAUUUAGCUCUGGCGGCUUAUUUUGGCUUGGGGUCAGUGGUUCGUACUGUUAUUGAUGAGGGUAAUGUCGAUCUCGAUGCAUAUUGCGGGUACUUCGGCACAGCAUUACAGGCAGCAUGUGCUGCAGGCUUUCCGGUCGUGGUUGAGACACUUCUUCGGAAGGGAGCGAGCGUUGAGACGACAGGUGGCCACUAUAGAACGUCAAUAGCAGCUGCGGUGCAGAAUGGUCAUAGAGAAGUGGUUCAAGUCCUUCUCGAGAAGCGAGGAGACGAGGUCGAGAUCACGCAAGACGUCGUGGUCGCUAUAGCAGAGAAUGAGCAGAGUGGAAAAGAGAUUAUGGCCUUACUUCUCGAAAAGCGAGGAGACGAGGUUAAGAUUACGCAAGACGUCGUGGUCGCUAUAGCAAAGAAUGAGUGGAAUGGAAAAGAGAUUAUGGCCCUACUUCUCGAAAAGCGAGGAGACGAGGUUAAGAUCACGCAAGAAGUCGUAGUCGCUAUAGCAGAGAAUAAGCAGAAUGGAAAAGAGAUUAUGGCCCUACUUCUCGAAAAGCGAGGAGACGAGGUUAAGAUCACGCAAGAAGUCGUAGUCGCUAUAGCAGAGAAUAAGCAGAAUGGAAAAGAGAUUAUGGCCCUACUUCUCGAAAAGCGAGGAGACGAGGUUAAGAUCACGCAAGACGUCGUAGUCGCUAUAGCAGAGAAUGAGCAGAGUGGAAAAGAGAUUAUGGCCUUACUUCUCGAAAAGCGAGGAGACGAGGUUAAGAUUACACAAGAAGUCGUGGUCGCUAUAGCAGAGAAUAAGCGGAAUGGCAAAGAGAUUAUGGCCUUACUUCUCGAAAAGCGAGGAGACGAGGUUAAGAUCACGCAAGACGUCGUGGUCGCUAUAGCAGAGAAUAAGCAGAGUGGAAAAGAGAUUAUGGCCCUACUUCUCGAAAAGCGAGGAGACGAGGUCAAGAUUACGCAAGACGUCGUGGUCGCUAUAGCAGAGAAUUGGAAGAGUGGAAAAGAGAUUAUGGCCCUACUUCUCGAAAAGCGAGGAGACGAGGUCAAGAUUACGCAAGACGUCGUGGUCGCUAUAGCAAAGAAUUGGCAAAGUGGAAAAGAGAUUAUGGCCUUACUUCUCGAAAAGCGAGGAGACGAGGUUAAGAUUACGCAAGACGUCGUGGUCGCUAUAGCAAAGAAUAAUGGAAUGGAAAAGAGAUUAUGGCCCUACUUCUCGAAAAGCGAGGAGACGAGGUUAAGAUUACGCAAGAGGUAAUGGUCGCUAUAGCAAAGAAUGAGCAGAGUGGAAAAGAGAUUAUGGCCUUACUUCUCGAAAAUCGAGGAGACAUGGUUAAGAUUACGCAAGAAGUCGUAAUCGCCGUAGCAGAGAAUAAGCGGAAUGGAAAAGAGAUUAUGGCCCUACUUCUCGAAAAGCGAGGAGACGAGGUUAAGAUUACGCAAGACGUCGUAACCGCUAUAUCAAAGAAUAGGUGGAGUGGAAAACAGAUUAUGGCCUUGCUUCUCGAAGAGCGAGGAGACGAGGUCGAGAUUACAUAAGAUGUCGUGAUCGCCGUAGCAAAGAACGAAGAGAUUAGAGAACAGACUAUAGUCCUACUUCCCGAGUUGUCCUAGAUAUAGCAUAGGCGUAUACGCACCUUUGACGACCACCUGGCGCGUCCAUUCAUUGAGUAGAGCUAGGCGAGCUAGAGGCUCAUCCUAACGAUAACGCGGCUUGUAAAGCCGACUUUUAGUAGUAACG